AUGCCCACCGUCGAUAUCCACACCCACAUGUACCCACCCACCCUCCUCUCCCUCCUCCGCACCCGCUCCCACGUCCCCUACGUCCGCACCUUCCCGGACCAAGUCGAGGCCGGCGAGCGCCUCGUGAUCCUCCCCGCCGAAGAGGCCAGCACUGGGACUUCCCGCGGCCGACCCAUGGGGCCCGAGUACCACGACAUCAAGCAGAAAAUCGCAUUCAUGGACCUCCACGCGAUUGAUGUGUCAGUUCUGAGUCUGGCAAAUCCGUGGCUGGAUUGGUUGGCGAAGGAGGAAGGGGUGGAGGUUGCGAGGGGGGUUAAUGAUGAUGUGGAGGGGAUGUGUAAGGCUUACCGGGGGAGGUUGUACCAUUUUGGGACGUUGCCGUUGAGUGCGGAUGUGGGGGUGAUUGUGGGGGAGGUGAGGAGGUUGAGGGGGUUGAGGUUUUGUAGGGGGGUUGUGAUGGGGACGAGUGGAUUGGGAGAGGGGUUGGAUGAUUCGAGACUGGAUGGGAUUUGGAGGGCGAUUGAGGAGGCAGAGAUGGUGGUUUUCUUGCAUCCGCAUUAUGGGCUGCCGGGGGAUGUGUAUGGACCCAGAGCUGGGGAUUAUGGUCAUGUGCUUGCUUUGGCGAUGGGAUUCCCGAUGGAGACGACGAUUGCUGUGACGAGGAUGUUGCUUUCUGGUGUGUUUGAUCGCUUCAGCAAGCUCAAUGUCUUGCUUGCGCACAGCGGUGGCACACUACCGUUCCUCGCCGGCCGAAUCGAGAGUUGUAUCGCGCACGAUGCGCAUAUGAAGAAGGCUGGGGCGCUCGAGAAUCGGAGAGAUGUGUGGGAUGUGCUGAAGAAGAACAUCUACCUGGAUGCAGUCAUCUACUCAGAUGUUGGAGUGAAAGCUGCCAUCGAUGCUUCUGGUGCCGACAGGUUGAUGUUUGGCACGGAUCAUCCUUUCUUCCCGCCGCUGGAGGGUGAAGGACAGGAGUGGCUGAGUGUCACGUCGAACAACAACGCUGUCAGGGCGGCAAUGGGCAGUGAUGUGCAGGGUGUAAAGGAUAUUAUGGGUGGGAAUGCAGUGCGGAUUUUGCACCUCGACAGCUAA